AUGUCGACUUGGGCGGCAAUGGCCGCGGCUGGUGCCAAAGCAACGGCGCCUGCUCCGAAACAAGAAACGACCGCAAAUGAAGCUGCCGAAUCGUCGAAUGCGGCUGCUUCUACCUCUACAUCCGUUGCCGGCGGUGAUGACGAUGCCGUCUCGGAGGCAGGCGUGAGAACGAAAAAGCCACGCAUCGAUACACUCAUUCUCGAUGCAGGUGCGCUGAUCAUGCGUGCGCCACUCGAUGGACUGGCAUCCGAGUACUACAUCCCUCCUCGAGUCAUCGAGGAGAUCAAGCAUGCAUCGGCUCGCGAGUACCUUGAUUCGCUCCGACUUCGACCCGACUUUAAACUUCACGUUGUUCAGCCAGGCCCUGCCAGCAUGGUAGCGGCCACCGAGUUUGCCAAAAAGACGGGUGAUAUUGGUGUGCUGUCGACUCAGGAUUUGGAAGUGAUCGCAUUGACGUACGAGAGAGAGGUGCAUCGACAUGGGACGAAGCGCAUCCGCACCAGUCCAGAUGGAAAGAGGGGAGAAGCUCCUGCGUCCAUGUCUACAACUGCUGCUGUCGGUAUAUCCGGCGAACAAAGCAACUCCAACGAGCCUUCCUCUUCCUCUUCGGGUGCUGACCAGAAUACGGCUCGCCAGGCUGCCAUUGAAAAGAAACGCCAGCAAAAGGCAGAGGCAAAGCAAAAGAAGUUGGAGGAUGAUGCUGCCGCAGCCGGUCUCACCGUUGAUCAACUCGUAACAAAGCGCAUCCAGGAAAAUCGCGAGAAGAAGGCGGCAAAGAAACAAGCUAAAGAAGGUGCAUCGGCAACCGUAGGAACGGCACAGGAAAAGCAAUCCGCAUCUUCAUCAGAGGAGAAAAGGGCGGCAGACGAAGAGGUAUACGAGCAUGCAUCGCAAGUCGAGCCGGGUCCGGAACAAGGCUGGGUCGAGGAAGACUUCACUGAUGAGGAGUCGGAAGAGGAAGGUGAUGGAGCGUGGAUCACGCCAGACAACGUACAAAAGGCGAAGAAUCUCAGCAUGGGCUUUGUUUCGGACAACCGCAUGCCUGGCUGGAAAUACACCGAGCAGAGCAAAGACGACGUGCCCGAGCCCGCCGAGCUACUCGAGCCGGAAGAGCCGCUCGAGGAAGGUUGGUCGCGCGUCGAGUCGGGCAGCAAGGCGAAACCCAAAUCGCACAACAGCAACAGGAACCACGUCUCGCGCGACUACAACGACCCCUCAAUCCAAUCUCGUCCUUCUCUCUCGUGGGAUGCGAAUGGCAACAACUCAAAAGGUGGCCACAUGACCGUUGCCUGCAUCACUGGUGAUUUUGCCGUCCAGAAUGUCUUGCUGCAGAUGGGUCUUUCGCUGGUCGGAGUGCACGGCUCUCGCGUUCGUGCCGUCAAGUCGUUCGUUCUGCGUUGCCAUGCCUGCAUGAAGGUGUGCAAGGACAUGGAGAAGAAGUUCUGCCCUGUCUGCGGUAACGCCACGCUCACCAAAGUUGCCGUCACAGUCGACGACACGGCCAAAGGUGGAUUCCAACUGCACCUCAAGAAGAACUACCGCUUCAACCUGCGCGGCACCAAGUACUCGAUCCCUACACCCAAGCCCGGUUCGGCUUCAGGAGGCAAGACUGGUGGAUCGGGUCUCAUUCUUCGCGAGGAUCAGCUUGAAUGGCAGCGUGCUCUCGCAAAGGAAGCUAGCAGGAAGCGCAAGGAGGAACGUGCUCUGGAAAAGGCUAUGCGUGCUGGUAAGGACUCGCUCUCGGUGCGAUACGAAGAGGCGUGGGAUACCGGUGACAUCUUUUUGGGCAGCCAGUUUGCUUCGCGAGACAAGAGCAAUCUGCCAGUCAUUGGCCACGGCAGGAAGAAUCCGAAUGCCAACCGCCGCACUCGCAAGUAG